GAGAUCUGGCAGAGAGCAAUGUCUCCGUUGUCGAAGUGGACAUGGCUUCCUCACUGAUCAAAGAGAUUAGCCUCCAAAAUUGCCGUCUUCAUUAGAUAGCAAAACGAGAGAAGACCCAACCUGCCAUAAUUGCCGAAGAGGUUUAUACCAAAGCAAUUGCACUGCCUGACGAGGUCAUGGCUUUGUGCAGGUGUAUUUGCGAGUGAAGAAGUUAUAAUCACCGCAACACUGGUUUGUUAGGUUGAGAUAUUUCAAUCUAAAAUGGAAGCCGGAAGGCAGGUUUUCUCUGUGGAUCUUCUGGAGAGAUAUGCAACAAAGGGCCGUGGAAUUAUUACAUGCAUGUCUGCUGGUAAUGAUGUUAUCGUUUUGGGGACUAGCAAAGGAUGGAUAAUUCGACAUGAUUUUGGAGUUGGAGAUUCUUAUGAUAUUGAUCUCUCUGUGGGUCGACCUGGAGAGCAAUCUAUCCAUAGAGUCUUUGUUGAUCCUGGGGGGAGCCACUGCAUUGCUACUGUUGUUGGCGGUGGAGGUGCAGACACAUUUUAUACCCAUGCUAAGUGGAAUAAGCCCCGUAUUUUGGGCAAAUUGAAGGGCCUUGUAGUGAAUGCUGUUGCCUGGAAUAGACAACAGAUAACUGAAGCUUCCACAAGAGAAGUUAUUCUUGGUACCGACAAUGGUCAACUUCAUGAGAUUUCAGUAGAUGAGAAGGAUAAGAGGGAAAAGCACAUAAAUUUUCUUUUCGAACUAAAAGAACUUCCUGAACCAUUCACUAGUUUGCAGAUGGAAACAGCUAGCACAAGUAAUGGAACUAGAUACUAUGUGAUGGCCGUUACUCCUACCAGACUUUAUUCUUUCACUGGCAUCGGAUCACUGGAUGCUGUUUUUUCUAGCUAUCUUAAUCGUCCAGUGCGCUUUAUGGAACUUCCAGGAGAAAUACCGAACAGCGAGCUGCAUUUCUUUAUGAAGCAGCGGAGAGCUGUGCAUUUUGCAUGGCUUUCUGGAGCAGGUAUCUAUCAUGGUGGCCUACAUUUUGGAGCACAACAUAGUUCAUCAGAUGGGGAUGAAAAUUUUGUGGAGAACAAGGGUCUUUUGGUCUAUUCAAAAUUAGGUGAAGGUGCUGAUGCUGUUAAACCCAGUUCUCUGGCAGUGUCCGAAUUUCAUUUUCUACUUCUCCUUGGGAACAAGGUUAAGGUGGUCAAUAGAAUCAGUGAACAGAUCAUCGAGGAACUUCAGUUUGAUCAAAUACCGGAAUCAAUGUCAAAGGGUAUUAUUGGACUAUGCACUGAUGCCUCGGCUGGAUUAUUCUAUGCAUAUGACCAGAACUCCAUCUUUCAGGUGUCUGUAAAUGAUGAAGGCCGAGAUAUGUGGAAGGUGUACCUGGAGUUAAAGGCAUAUGCUGCUGCUUUGGCAAAUUGUCGGGAUCCAUUCCAAAGAGAUCAAGUAAAUUUAGCCCAGGCAGAAGCUGCAUUUGCUGACAAGGAUUUCCUCAGAGCAGCAUCUUUCUAUGCAAAGAUCAAUUACAUAUUAUCAUUUGAAGAGAUCACUUUGAAGUUUAUUAGCAUAAACGAACAGGAUCCUUUGAGGACCUUUUUGUUGCGGAAACUUGAUAAUCUUGCAAAAGAUGACAAAUGCCAAGUAACUAUGAUAUCCACUUGGGCAACUGAAUUAUACCUGGACAAGAUCAAUCGACUUCUCCUUGAAGAUGAUUCCGCUUUAGAGAAUCGUAGUUCAGAGUACCACUCCAUCAUUAGGGAGUUUCGUGCUUUUCUUGCUGAUUGCAAGGAUGUGCUGGAUGAGGCAACCACAAUGAAACUAUUAGAAAGUUAUGGGAGGGUUGAUGAGUUGGUAUAUUUUGCAAGUCUGAAGGAGCAGUAUGAGAUUGUUAUUCACCAUUAUAUCCAGCAAGGAGAAGCAAAGAAAGGAUUGGAAGUUCUCCAAAAACCUUCUGUGCCUGUAGAUCUCCAGUACAAGUUUGCACCAGACCUUAUAAUGCUCGAUGCAUAUGAGACUGUUGAGUCAUGGAUGACAACCAAAGACCUGAAUCCAAGGAAGUUAAUUCCUGCAAUGAUGCGCUAUUCAAGUGAACCUCAUGCAAAGAAUGAAACCCAUGAAGUAAUAAAAUAUCUGGAGUUUUGUGUUCACCGUUUGCAAAAUGAGGAUCCUGGAAUUCACAACUUGUUGCUUUCUUUGUAUGCAAAGCAGGAGGAUGAUAGUACCCUUCUUCGUUUCUUACAAUGCAAGUUUGGGAAAGGAGGACCUAGUAGCCCUGAAUUUUUCUAUGAUCCCAAGUAUGCCCUGCGCCUUUGCCUUAAAGAAAAACGGAUGCGGGCUUGUGUUCAUAUAUAUAGCAUGAUGUCUAUGCAUGAAGAAGCAGUUGCUCUUGCCCUUCAGGUUGAUCCAGAACUUGCUAAGGCUGAAGCCGACAAGGUUGAAGAUGAUGAAGACUUGAGGAAGAAGCUCUGGCUUAUGGUUGCCAAACAUGUUGUUGAACAAGAAAAGGGAACUAAAAGGGAAAAUAUUCGAAAAGCAAUAGCAUUUCUUAAGGAAACUGAUGGAUUGUUAAAGAUUGAGGAUAUUUUGCCAUUCUUUCCUGACUUUGUCCUAAUUGAUGACUUCAAGGAGGCAAUUUGCACAUCAUUAGAGGAUUACAACAAGCAAAUCGAACAACUAAAAGAGGAGAUGAAUGAUGCAACACACGGUGCAGAUAAUAUUAGAAAUGAUAUCAAUGCUCUUGCUCAACGAUAUGCUGUCAUCAAUCGUGAUGAGGACUGUGGGGUCUGUCAGAAAAAGAUCCUAACUGCGGGUUGGGACCAAAGGAUGGCUAGAGGUUAUGCUCCAGUUGGUGCAAUGGCCCCUUUCUAUGUAUUUCCAUGUGGACACACAUUUCACGCACAAUGCCUGAUUGCCCAUGUCACAAGGUGUACGGACCAUACUCAAGCAGAAUAUAUACUGGAUUUGCAGAGGCAACUAACAUUAUUGGGAGGUGAAUUCAAGGAUUCAAAUGCUGCCUUAAAUGUGGAAGAAUCCAUAACUACCAUGACACGUACAGAUAAGAUACGAUCACAACUGGACGAUGCCAUAGCUAGCGAAUGCCCAUUUUGCGGUGAGUUGAUGAUUCGGGAGAUCUCCUUGCCGUUUAUCCUCCCUGAUGAAGCGUAUGAGGCUACCACUUGGGAGAUAAAACCACAAAAUGUUGGAACCCAGAAGAGCAUCUCUUUGGUAGUAUGAUUGAAGAAUGAAGCCUCCAUACAGGCUUCCCUUCACCCAUAUCCAUGCCUGGUUUGUUGAAGCCUUUUCUUGUAUCGUUGUUUAGCUUUGUGACCCUUCUUCUCUAAUGGUGUGGUUUCCUUAAAUUACAAUUAUGUCAUACAAAAUGCAUAUGUUCGUUUAUAUAUAUAUAUAUAUAUAUAUAUGAGUGGAAAAUAGUAGUGAGUGAGUUAUUGUACUUAAGCAAAGAAGGAAUGCAAGUUGUUUAACUGUUGUUAUUGCUUUAAAAUAUUUUAUUAUAUCAACUCAUAUUUUAGUGUU